CCCAAUUAUCUGCGCGCACUUCACGUUAAACUUUCCUUCCUUACUUCACGAGCCUUAUUUACCUCAUGUAUGAAAACGUAGUAUCUAUACUCAUUUUUGUUUAGCUAACCCCAUUAACAAAGAUCUACACUCGAAGGUCAAGCUAUCGUAAAUUACGAACGGCACUCAUUCCUUUUGAUUUACAUUAAGUCCGUGUAAUUUCGACAAACUGUGUCUCCAUCCGGGGGAACAAUUUGUAAUAUUACUAUCAACGAGUGUAAUCCUCGAAUUUGAAAUCUGUGAAUCUCUUCUUUGUGAAAACAACAUAACCUACCCAAAAUUUAUUUAACAUAGAUGCAUAGGCAUAAGUAAAAGGUUUUAUGUGGAUUUAUCAGUAACACAGUGGAAAUCCAUUUUGUGAAGUGAAAUAGUCAUUCAGUGUAGCCGGCUUUUCGGACGGGCGAAACUGAGCGGCACCACGUUCCGUCACAGCAAACUGCGGUACUCAAAUCAUUUUCCCUCGCGAGGGUCGCCGCUAAGGGGCCGCGAGCAGUCUGUCAAGGCAGCGUCAUUGAGUCGGAUCGAAAGCGGACAACGGGCGGGCGCGAGCAGCGAGUGCGGCGGUGGAGCGCCCGCCGCCGGCGGCGUCCGCCCCGGCUACGGCUAUGAAGCUCUCUCUGCGGCGAGCGACGGAAGCGACCAAGAGCCUGACGAAGCGCCCGAAUACGCUCCCUUCGAGAUGGAGCUGUCAGGUGGCGGGGAAUCCGCGGACGGACCGUCAUCGCGUGGAUCUGCUAAAGUUAACUUUCCACCCGAUGUUGAAUCGGACCGGCGACCUACGGGGACUUUCGGAGGCAUUACUGCUGCCGCUUUUCAUAGAGGCCGAGGGCGUUCUAUGAGCGCCUGGAGUGAUAUAAGCCGUUCCAGCAUCAGGUUUGAGGAACGAGUUCGUGUGGAGUAUUACGUGAACGAGAACACUUUUAAAGAAAGACUGCAAUUGUAUUUUAUAAAGAACCAACGUUCGAGUUUACGCAUUAGAAUAGUAAAUCUAUUUUUCAAGCUUCUAGCUUGUGUUCUCUAUAUAUUUCGUGUUUGCGCCGAUGGAGAUCCCAUUUCUGCCUCCUGUUAUGGAUGUAAACCAGGCAAUAAGACUGAAUUUGAAUAUUCAGCUAAUCUAACUGAAGAGGAGUUUCAGGAGCAUCCAAUCAUCAACUGGGAUGGAAUAAUAUGGGUGAACCGGCCGCUGUAUCUUUGGGGAGUGCAAGCGGUCUUGGCUAUGAUCUCAUUAUCCGAAGCUAUUUUGCUUGUUUAUCUUGGAUACAAGGGCAACAUAUGGCAACAGGUCCUGUCUUUCCACUUCAUAUUGGAGAUGGUGAACACGGUGCCAUUUGCACUUACCGUCCCAUUCCCGCCUCUUCGCAAUUUGUUUAUCCCGGUAUUUUUAAACUGUUGGCUUGCAAAGAGAUCACUUGAAAACAUGUUUAACGAUUUACAUCGCGCAAUGCAAAAGUCUCAGUCGGCUCUAUCUCAGCAACUAAUGAUUCUUUGUGUCACACUGCUAUGUCUUGUCUUUACUAGCGUAUGUGGUAUCCAACAUUUUCAACGUGCUGGUCAUCGUCACUUGAAUUUGUUCCAAGCGACCUACUUUGUGGUUGUCACCUUCUCAACGGUGGGAUAUGGCGACUUUGUACCAGAUAUUUGGCCUUCACAACUAUUCAUGGUUAUUAUGAUUGGGGUUGCUCUCGUCGUCUUACCUACACAGUUCGAACAACUUGCGUUUACGUGGAUGGAAAGGCAGAAGUUAGGUGGAUCUUACUCAUCACACCGGGCCCAGUCAGAGAAACACGUUGUAGUUUGCUCAACAACCCUUCACGCUGAUACAAUCAUGGAUUUUCUAAACGAGUUUUAUGCUCACCCAUUGCUGCAAGACUAUUACGUGGUAUUGUUAUCACCAAUGGAGCUCGAUACUACUAUGAGGAUGAUCUUACAGGUCCCCAUUUGGGCUCAACGUGUGAUAUACAUCCAAGGCUCCUGCCUGAAAGACACUGAUCUGAUCCGAGCACGGAUGAAUGAAGCCGAGGCAUGCUUUAUCCUUGCCGCAAGGAAUUAUGCUGACAAAACGGCUGCUGACGAACAUACUAUUUUACGGUCCUGGGCUGUGAAGGAUUUUGCUCCGGACGUGCCACAAUACGUACAGAUUUUUCGCCCUGAGAACAAGCUGCAUGUAAAAUUUGCAGAAUUUGUUGUAUGUGAAGAUGAAUUCAAAUACGCGCUGCUUGCCAAUAAUUGCACCUGUCCUGGAGCCUCUACCCUCGUCACUCUUCUGCUACAUACCAGCCGGGGCCAGGAAGGGCAACAAUCCCCAGAAGAAUGGCAUCGCCUAUAUGGAAAAUGUUCUGGAAAUGAAAUUUAUCACAUUGUUCUUGGCGACAGUCGGUUUUUUGGUGAAUACGAAGGAAAAAGCUUUACAUAUGCCAGUUUCCAUUCGCACCGAAAGUACGGUGUUGCUCUAGUCGGUGUUCGCCCAGCUGAACUUCCCGAAUUUUAUGAAGACACUAUUCUCUUAAAUCCAGGCCCGCGACAUAUCAUGAAAAGCAGCGACACGUGUUAUUACAUGAGUAUCACGAAGGAAGAAAAUUCUGCUUUUGUAGUUUCCGAUAAACAGACGGAAAGCAAAGCUAAUGUUAUACCUAAAGAUCAAACCGCGUGUAGUCUUCUCUCUAACGAGAAGAAAAUUGCGGACGCAGAAGAUGGAACGGGACAGCAAAAAACACCAGACGGUAGUAAUGUGGCUCACUACGACCUCCCACAAGUGAUUCUACAAGCUCCCGCGAGUUCCACACCAAACGCAUCGCCAUCACGCAUCAACCCAGCUAAUACUGUAUCAUCCGCUAAUUUAACUGUUGCUGGCUCUAAAAUGGAAGGAGUGUCGACAUCAGGCUCAGACUCUCGUACCUGCUUAAAAGAUUCCCCAGCCACUGACAGUGCUACUGACAGUCAUCUUUUGCUCCCGCGACCUGAUAAUACAAAUUUCUUAAGCCCAGAUUUCCUAAGCUGCCGCCGAGGCAGCAGACGCCCUUCCAUUUUACCCGUGCCUGACAUGGUAACGAGUACCCUGAACAUAGCCACCGACAACCAGGAUGAAGAGGUGGAGGCAGAUGAAAGCGAGGACGAGCUUGACGAUGAUGUGCCUUGGCGUUCCCCUUCCGAGAAGAUUGCCCUGUACUCGUACAUUCAAACGUGUAGAUAUACCGACCGGGUUGAAGCAGCAUGCCCUCUGCACAGAGUAGGUACGUCAUUGGACGACGCCAGCACCAGCUCGCUGUCCUCACCGGCCGCCAGCGAUACACGCUCAGCGUGGCGCAACGACUUCAGUAGGAUCGUUAAAGGUUUUCCACCCGUAUCACCCUUUAUCGGUGUAAGUCCAACUCUAUGUUAUUUGCUGAAAGAAAAGAAGCCUCUCUGCUGUCUUCAAUUGGCACAAGUGUGUGAGCAUUGUGCCUACCGAAACGCGAAGGAAUACCAGUGGCAAAACAAGACGAUAAUCCUCGCCGCCGACUACGCAUCUAAUGGAAUCUAUAAUUUUAUUAUUCCCCUGCGCGCCCAUUUCAGAUCCAAGACCUCAUUGAACCCCAUUAUUCUUUUACUGGAACGCAGACCUGAUAUAGCUUUCUUGGAUUCUAUCUCGUACUUUCCGCUGGUCUAUUGGAUGCUAGGUUCUAUUGAUUGUUUAGAUGACCUCUUGCGCGCUGGAAUAACUUUAGCAGAGAAUGUAGUCGUGGUGAAUAAGGAGUUAUCCAAUUCUGCCGAAGAAGACAGUCUCUCAGACUGUAACACCAUAGUAGCAGUGCAGACAAUGUUCAAAUUCUUUCCUUCAAUCAAAUCUAUAACGGAGCUAUCGCAAUCGUCAAAUAUGCGCUUCAUGCAAUUCAGGGCUCAUGAUAAAUAUGCAUUACAUCUCUCUAAAAUGGAAAAGACCUUGAUUUUGCAGCGUGAAAAGGAAAGGGGAUCGCAUAUUUCCUACAUGUUCCGAUUGCCCUUUGCUGCCGGCUCCGUGUUUUCCGCCUCAAUGUUAGACACACUUCUAUACCAGGCCUUUGUAAAAGACUAUGUCAUUACAUUUGUCAGAUUAUUGUUGGGCGUCGAUCAGGCACCUGGUUCAGGAUUCCUUACCUCCAUGAAAAUAACGAAGGAGGAUAUGUGGAUUCGUACGUACGGUCGGCUGUAUCAAAAGUUAUGUUCUACUACAUGCGAAAUUCCAAUCGGGAUAUAUCGCACUCAGGACACAAGCCUAGCCGAUCAGGCUCACCACGUGAGUAUGUCGCCACGGACCCCGUCAAGGUGGUUCUGGCCACGCCUCGCGGGCAUGCGACCAUCGCGCGCAUCGCAGGCCUCAGAGGAAGAUGGGGUGGCGGGUGAUGGAAACCCCGAGGGGACGGGCAGAGAACGUAAUCGUCGCGGACCCACCGGCUGCCUCAGCGGAUGUUACGGCGACCGCACACCCGCGUAUUCAGCGAGCUUAGCAGAUGAAGCAAGAGACAACCACGCCCAGCAAAUCGAACGAGCAGAAAUAGCUAAUCUUGUAAGAUCUCGAAUGGAGUCAUUAAAAUUGACUGGUAUAGAUUAUGAUGAUGUCAGUGAAAAAAGAAACAGUCUAUCUUACGUAAUCAUAAACCCAAGCUGCGAUCUCAAUUUACAGGAAGGCGAUAUAAUAUACUUGGUACGCCCUUCACCAUUCUCAGCGCAAAAAACAUUCGAACGCCAUAACAGUCGCCGAAAAUCGAACAUUAGUUUUUGUUCUGGAGCCCUGAUCCAGGCCGUAGCAGCGGGCAGCCGUCGCGGUUCUGCGCUCGCUGGGCUCACGAGCCUCUCUCCUCGAGCUCCACCUCUCACUACCACCAAAGCAAAUUCCCUUUCUCUGCCUGACAGUCCUACCAUCCUCACCGACUUUCGCGGUCGCUCUAACUCUCUUCGAGUGGUAGAUGACAUCUUACUACGACGUUCUAACUCUCUUCGACAAGGACUAGGGCCAGUCAAUAGUCGACGCCGCAAGAGUAGCCUCGAAGAGAUUGGAAUUUCACAUUUUAAUUCGCUGCUGCAACAUCAACAGCAGCAGCAACUACAAGAUGCGAAUGCUAUUAAAAUUGCCCUGAAUAGCAGCAUCGGACUGGAAGUGACGCCGCCCGAUGAAGGUCCUGUAGAUCGGCUAGGAGGGCCACUAGGAGGAUAUCAAGAUAUGGGUGUUGCGUUUCCUUCGACUUCCACGGGAUCUGGUCUACCACCACCGACACCAGAUCCGCAACAUCUGCAGGGAACGAUCGUAUGAUACCACCUUAUGUGGGGACGGCGAAUCAGUUCCGUCGUGAGGAACAAGUGGAACUAAGCUGCGGCCAUUCCGGCUCGGAACCCUAUCCUCGGAACAGUGAACACACUUUUGUCUCGUAGCGUCUCUACUGUGCACGUAGUGUCUUAACUAUAAAUAUUCCAAAGAAACUUCAGUGAAUGAGUGGUUCGGAACAAUACGCGAUAUCGAUUUGUGUAUUGUAAGCGGGAUCAACUAGUUAAUAUGUAAAUGAAAUAUUAAGGCCUAAGGCUGUACAUAGUGAGUCUUUCUUUGAACCUAUAUUAAAUGAAUAAUAGUGUAAAUAAAAGUAGGAUCAUUACGGAAAACACUAAUAAAGUGUUGAAACAAAUACAUGGAAAUGUAUGAAAUCUAGGAAUUGUAUACAAAUCCUAGGAAAUUUAUAAAAUAUUGUUUCAAAACUAUUUAAUACAUAUUUAUGUAGGAAUCCUAGGAAAUGUGCACAAUUCCUAGGAAUUGUAUAUAAUUCCAAUAUCGUAUUAGGAAAUGUAUAAAAAUCUAACCUAACCUAACCGGACGUCUAUAGCGCCUUCGGGGUAGUGAGAAAGAUUAGGUUAACACCGAUUCACGUUCAAGUGCUGACGGGACAUGGAGGGCUUGGGCAGUACUUGAAAAGGUUUAAAUGUAAGGACGACUCAGCCUGUGACUGCGACCCAGCGAACGAGGAGUCGGUGUUACACCUACUUCUGGACUGCCCCAAGUAUUGCAAAGAGCGCUAUGCGUUGGAGCAGAUAAUGGGAAUGCAAAUACAGAAGGAAACGCUGGAUUUACUUGGCUGGAUUGGCAUUCCUCGAUUUCUGCACGAAAGUUUCAAAGGGCUCGAUUAAUAAAAAUAAAACGAAAUGUCUAUAAUUUUAAUAUAUUAUACUGAAAAUAUUGACCGAUAGUUUCAUGUCUAUUAUGAGUAUAAAUAUGUUUUUUUUUUAAUUCGUUUUUUUUAUUUUAACAUAUUUAUUUAAUCAAAAAAAUUACCAUUAUUAUCUAUACAUUGCUGCCAUCUAAUAGGAAGCUCAUUUAUGCCUUUGCGAUAGAACUCUGGUGAUCUAGAUUCGACAAACUGUGUGAAAGCAUUUUGCACUGCCUCCUGAGAAGAAAACUUUUUAUCACGCAGAAAAUUGCCCAAAUCACGAAAAAACUGGUAGUCCGUUGGAGCAAGGUCUGGCGAAUACGGAGGGUGACGAAUGGUUUCUAAUUGCAGUUCCUGUACAGUUAAAACGGUUUCUCGUGCCGUAUGAGGUCUCGCGUUAUCAUGGAGCAAUAAUGGUGAAGAUCGAUUCAUAAUUCGGGGCUGUUUCACUGCUAGUUUCGCUAUCAUUGUUCGGAGUUCAGCGCAGUAGACAUCUGCCGUUAUUGCUUGACCAGAUCGGAGAAAGCUAUAGUGAAUAACACCACGCUGAGACCACCAAACAGUUACCAUUACCUUUUUAUUGGUAAGCUUUGCUUUAGGACACUGUUGCGGCGUUUGACCUGGGGUCAGCCAUUGCAUUUUCCGCUUACGAUUAUCGUAAAGAAUCCAUUUUUCAUCACAUGUCACAAUUCGAUCCAAUAUUCCUUCAUUUCUGUAUCGAUUCAACAAGGCAACGCAAGUUUCAACACGCGUUUCUUUCUGCAGAUCAGUCAAAUCAUGAGGCACCCAUUUUUCAUAUUUUUUUUAUUUUAUUGAUUUGACGCAAAUGAGUCCAUAUUGUUGGUAAGGUAACGUUAAACCAUGUCGCUAAUUCCUGGGUAGUUUGGCUCGGAUCGGCUUCCACCAUCUCUUUCAAAUCAUUGUUAUUCACCUGUGUGGACGGUCUUCCGCGUAGUUCGUUCUUCAAAUCGAAAUUUCCAUCACGAAAGCGUUUAAACCAAAAUCGCACAGUGCGUUAUAUAGCAGUCCCCUCUCCAAACGCAACAUUAUUGCGAGCUGUUUCUGCCGCGUUAGUUCCGCGUCGGAACUCGUAUUCGAGUAUCCAUCUUUAUUGUCUAAGCUGAAUGAAAAAAACAACUGAAAGUUGAUAAUCGAAUGUUGCACAUUUUUUUAAAGAAGAACCACAUAGGUACCGUAUGAAAAAAGUUUCACUCAAAAAUCUCAAACCAUGAAGGUUCUAUGUCAAUUCGAAGUACCUAUUACAAUAAAACGGCAAUUUCAUACUUUAACUGUAAAAUGAAAUUUAGAAAGUGACACAUAUCAGAGGAAUUCUCUUUAAAUUAAAAAAAACCUAACCUAACCUAACUGAUCAGACAAAACAAUACCCUCCCCCCGCCCCGCUAUCCCCGCAUACCCAUUGAUAUCUCAAAUAUUUACAUUUUCGACUGCUAUUUAGGCAAUUUAUAGAUUUCCUAGGAAAUGUGUCUAAUAUAAUUUAUUUUACACAUUUCCGUGCGAUUUCAGGAAUUGCAUACAUUUCCUAGGAAUUGUAUACAAUGACGGAUUACAUACAUUUCCGGUAACAUAUACACGUAGCUAUUAUAAUAAAGUAAAAAAUUAUUGAAACAGUAGUACUUAAAUAUAAUAUUUAACUUUUUUGGAACUGCUGAUAAAGAAAAAAAUAUAUUAUAAAUUACUACGCCUUCUAACUAAGAAGAUACAAGUAACUUUUAUUUAGAUUUAAUGAAUGAAUAUCAAUUUGAAUGUAACGAACUGAAUUUCUGAAUAAAUUCAAUACUCAAAAUAUUAAAAGAAUAUCAAUAGAUAUCAAUUGAUUUGCGAGCAAUCUUAGUUCUAAAAAGAUUAAUGGAUAUGAAUAAAGUCUAUACAACC